AUGGGACUUUUCCAAGAGUUCAGCGAGUCCACCAGCAUGCAUGGCCUUCAGCGUGCCGUGUCCAGUGAGAGCAAAUGGAAGCGCCCCUUGUGGGCAGCGCUAGUCCUGACAGGGGCGUGUCUAGCUACAUUCAACCUUAGCCAGACGCUAAAGGACUUUCUCCACAACCCAACGACCACGCAGACCAAGGUAUACUACAAUCCAAAGAUGGAGUUCCCAGUGGUCACAUUAUGUAACCUCAACCCUUUUCCUGUAACGAACUUAGUAGCUGAAAUGGAUUUCAUGACCAUGUCGAACUUCUGGGAGGCUAAUAACUUCAAACUGGAAGACGUGAUGGAAAGCAUAGUACAAUUUCAGAAGUCGCAAAACGUUCCCAUCACUUUCAAGCUGGGUGAUUUAGUCACGGACUGUCAAUUUGAUAUGGUACCCUGCAGAGCUGACGAUUUUCUGACAGUUUUCAACUAUAAGUAUGGCGAUUGUUUUGUCUUCAAUAAACAAAUUAAAGAAGACUCCAAUCAAGAGUACAUGCACAGCUCGGAAGCUGCAGGCUUCAAAGUCGUCGUUCACUCUCAAGACACCAUCGCCUUUCCCGAGAACCAGGGCUUCAUGGUGAUGCCAGGAGCCAGCACCAGCGUAGGCCUCAAGAGGACGGAGAUGAGCAGGGCCCCGCCCCCGUACAGCACAUGCAUAGAGCUGGAAGAUGAGUACAACAUCGACUUAAACGUAUUCUCAUUUACUGACGGGACCCGCUACACUGGAGAGGCCUGUCGCAAAACGUGCUACAUACGAGAGGUGGUCAGCCAAUGUGGUUGCUGUGACCUAUAUUUUGUAUGUCCGCCAGAGGUCUACAACGUCUAUGUGGUCAACGAGACUAUUCCAUACUGCAAUGCCACAAACAUCGAUGACUUUUUCUGUAAGAAGCGUGUCCUCGAAGCGUUUGAAAAAGGAGAGCUGGACUGCCUGAGCCGUUGUUUGCCUCCUUGUGACGAGGUCGUCUAUGACGUGGCUCUUUCUACAGCUCUCUGGCCCAGCGAUUCCUCGAUCUAUUUUGAUAUGGAGUCAAAUGACGGAAGUGACAUCGCGAUAUCAGAAUUCGAAGAGUUUAAGUCUCACGCUAGGGACAAUUUUCUCCGCGUUGCUAUCUUCUACGAGGAUCUGACAGUGCAGCGUGUGGAAUCUCGGCCGUCCUACGACUGGAACCGACUCCUCUCAGACAUUGGCGGUCAGCUGGGGCUCUGGCUGGGCUUCUCUAUCCUGACGGCUGCGGAGUGGCUGGAACUGGCCUAUGACGCCGGGAUCAGGGCGGCCACCCGGAAGGCCCAGGGCGCUCACACUACCAAGGUGCACGUGCAGGAAGAGGGGAAAUGA